AUGGGUUCUGAGGCGUCGAAGGGAAAGCAGCCGAUCGAGCGAGGAGAUGGGUGGCUGGAGAUCGAACUGGGGAGAUUUUAUAAUGAGGGUGGAAAUGGUGACGGUGAAGAGAUGAUGGAGACGUGCCUGAAGGAGGUUGAUGGUGUGCAUUUGAAAGGCGGGCCUAUUGUCGAGGGUAUUAAGAUUAGAUCCAACUCUUGCUAA